AUGCCCACACACUACCUCAAAAGACAGUGCCAGAAAGAGACGAAACAACAGAUACGCCGUCGCGUACGAAACGAUCCGAGCGAAAGAUGCCGUGAAAGCAACAAUCUGGGAACACAACGUAACGAGGAGCGUGAAAGACAAUCGGAAUUAGGAGCGCAGCAGAAUACCAACAAGGGCUCCGUCUCCCAGUCCCAACAACCUGGUCUCGGAUACAGGCGCGAACGAGAGCAUCGCACCGUGGCUGCCAACUACAGCACACAGCGUGGCCCGAGCCAAGUUACUGUGAAAUAG